CUGGAGGGCCUGCAGAAGAGGAUCUUCCAGCUGGAGGAGCAGCUCCACAGUGAGAUGCAGCUGAAGGAUGAGUUGGAGCAGAAAUGCAGGACAUCGAGCACCAAGAUCGAGAAGAUAAUAAAAGAACUGGAUGAAGAGGCGAACCAGAGGAAGAGUGCCGAGGCCGGCGUGUCUCUGAUGGAGAAGGACAAGAUCAUGCUGCAGCACAGAUUCACAGAGUACCAAAGAAAAGCUGACCAGGAUGCAGAGAAGAGGCGCAAUCUGGAGAAUGAGGUGUCAUCUUUGAAGGAGCAGCUUGAAGAUAUGAGGAAGAUCAGCCAGAACUCUCAGGCCUCAAAUGACAAGAUCACCCAGCUGCAGAAUCAUAUGGAAGAGGCCAAUGACCUCCUGCGUGCGGAGUCAGACACGGCAGCGAGACUGAGGAAGAGCCACACGGAGAUGGCCAAGUCCAUGAGCCAGCUGGAGGGCUUGAACCGGGAGCUGCAGGAGAGGAGCCGCGCCGUGGACGGGGAGAAGGCCCAGCUGGAGAAGGAGCUCCUGCUGCUUCAGAGCAACCUGGACUCAGAGAGGAGGAACUACAGCCUGGGAUCUGAGGAGAUCAUGGAGCUGCAAGGUGACCCACUGACACACAAACGAUGA